GUAUUUGACUCUGCAGAGUCGAAUACAAAUUUUUGGUGCAUUUAUUUUUUCUUCUGGUUUACGAUCACGACUAUUUGGGCCUUUUGUAUUGUUUCGUUUGAAAAAAUGAACAAAGUAAAAAUGAAAUUGAAGAGAAGAAAACACAGUUAUUAUCAAGCUGUUAGCGUAGGUAACGCUUCGUGUAAAUUGGGACAGCCUCACAAAAAUGAAUAAAUCUAUUCAAAUAAAGACGCAGAAGUCUUAGCAAAAUGCGAUGUCACCAGGGGAAGGUACCAGUAAAAAGAUAAAAGUGUCGGGCACCGCCUUGAGUCCGUUAAGUACUUAAAGCUAAACAAUCACGAGUCAGAGGAUAACAAACAAAAUUAUCAUUUCAAAUUUGAGCUGAAAUGAAUGAGUAAUUCUUGAAGGAUCAAUCGUUUGUAUUUGGUGUCUUUCAUAAGGCUUCAUUAUAAAGCGGGUCUAUAUCCUAUCAGUGAAAGUGGCAAAAGUUAGCACCUCUCUCGCUUCUGCAGUAGACCAGCAAGAGACCGCCAGGAUAGGCGUACACACGAUGGUUGUGUGCAUAUGGAGCUACCUGUGUCGAAUAAGCUUUAAUGAAUAAGGUCCUUUGCUAGGAUACGACUGUUAGCAGAAUAGAGUGGGUAAAAGUGAAAUUUAUCCCAUGAAUAACCACAAUAAAAGAGGAAAUUCGGGCCUAAAACAUAAAAUGGAAAAACGUCAAAUAGAGAAGUAAAUAUAAGGAUCCCAGAAAAGACAGAAGACGCGGAAACUGAAAGAACACAGGUGUUAUAUCAACAUGGCAGUUCCCAUGCAAGAGGAGCUCAGGGGGCGAACAACGGCUUCUUUGGUUCUCGAGGCAGCGGUUAUGACGAUGAUAACAAUGUUGGCGUUCAUUGGUAACACGAUGGUGUGUUGGGCAGUGUACAACAACAAGAGGCUGCGUACAUUGCCCAAUAUGUACGUUGUAACGUUAGCCAUCUCUGACAUCCUCAUGGGUUCCUUUUGCAUGCCCCUUUCGCUUGAAGUCCUCAUCAAAGCUGUUUGGACCAAGCCAUUCGCCGUGUGCCAGCUGCAGGGAUUCCUUUCGUGGUUUUUCGCGUUCACGUCCCUUCAGACCAUGACAGCGAUGGCUAUUAAUCGAUACUAUCGCGUGGUGAAGCCAAACCGUUACGGGAAUUACUUCACUACAAGGCGAGUGUACAUCUCAAUUGUAGCUAUUGUAAUCAUUGCGUCCCUCGGGCCGGGAAUAGCUAUGAUGUCGCGGUGGAGCGUCAAUCAAAUCCAUUACGGAAAAGUCCUCUGCUUCAUGGUGUUUAUAAGCCAAGGCAUCGAGAAAGGCUACAUAGGAUUCGUCGAUGCAUUCUACAUCACUACUCCCAUAAUGAUUAUUUCCGUGUGCUACUUGAAGAUUUUCCUGACAGUUCGAUCACACACCAAGAACCUAAAGUCGAGAAAUGCGCCCAUGGCAUUGCCUACAGGAACCUCAGGGAGCACCUUGCCUUCCAACGAAGGCCGCGCCAAUUUAACUGUCAAUAUAGAGGAGGUCAAAGUAACCAAGACUCUGUUUGCGACUGUGGUCGGGUUUGUAACCUGCUGGACUCCUAUAGCCGUGAUAGACAUGCUGGACGCGUACUCCUCGCACCAAGUCCACGUCCCAAGAGAGGUUUACUUCGCGUGGAUACUCCUCGGGUACGGAAGUUCUUCUAUUAACCCUAUCAUUUACGGAAUCCUCAAUAGAUCAUUCCGUCGGGAGUUCAUCAAGAUAUUCUCGUUCAAGUGGAGACUUUCAAGGUCUGUGGUGCCAGAGAUCGAGGUGGUUGCAACUACGACUAUGAACCUACAACGUAAACUGCCUAGACAAAGCGAACCCGAGAUGCAUGUUAGUGGUAUCUCCUCGUCAGCGAUCGCUGAUUAUCAAGUCGCAGAUCUAACGAAAAACCGGGGCAGCACAACUAACACAACUACCCCAUGAUCAAACCUCUGACCAAACAGUAAAAGAAAUAGAAGUUAACAUUUUGGUGUAUUCAACGUCACGGCCUUUGAACCUUACUUUCAAUGCGCGAGUUAUUUUUUUGUCGCAAACAUGAUCACAUUUUCCAUUUAAAACACAUUUAGGCUCGUGUCUUAAAAGGGUUUUUUUGUUCACAACCACAAUAAAUAGACUCAAAGAACUGUCGGUGAAAAAUUUAAUCAAUUACCAAAACACCAUCCGGUACUUUUCCCAGGACUCGCAAACGACAAAUUUAUCUUCUUGACCAAUAAAAUAUUGACAAGUAUAUGAAUACGAGAAUGCUAAACGCGGCAGAAUGAAAACACGGCUUGAAACUAAAAUAGAGAAUAAACGAAAAAGCGUACUUAGCAAUUAGCGGGUCAGAGCUAACAUAACCAACUUAAUGAAAUGAGUAUGUUUAAUUAAAAUGUUCGACUUGCCACCGUUAUUCACUAAUAUUGAAACAAGUAUAGCUUAUACGAUGAUUGCAAUAAAAUAAGCUGAGGAAUA